ACAUUUUCUUCAACAAGCAGCUCUCAGGACUAUUCUGGACAGAGCACCAAGGUCGCGAACUCUGCUAUAUAAAGUCCGCACCGGGUUGAACCUGGGCAUUAGUUGAAACAACCUCUUCUCUAGAACAACGGAGUCUCGACACUCAUCAUGAAGUUGGUCGGUCUCGCAUUGGCUCUCGUGCUGCUCUUGUCCGCCGUCCUGUCGCCCAGCCAAGCCACGCCGGACGCCCGAGCAGACCCGAAUCCGUUCUUCUUCAAAAAGAAGUAUGGCUAUGGCGGUUAUGGCUACGGCGGAUAUGGCUACGGCGGAUAUGGCGGUUAUGGCCACGGUGGAUAUGGCGGUUAUGGCCAUGGUGGAUAUGGCGGAUAUGGCGGUUAUGGCCACGGUGGAUAUGGCGGUUAUGGCCACGGUGGAUAUAGCGGUUAUGGCCACGGCGGAUAUGGCGGUUAUGGCGGUUACGGCAUAAGGAAAUACUGGUGAAGAGGCAGGGACACUCCUCAAGCACAAUGUUGAAGAGUUACAGCUUUACUCGCUCUACGCAAUAUAUUUAUCCCGUCGAAAACUACCAAAUAAAAUUAACUAAUGAUUUUUUUUUAGGAAAUAAGAAAAUAAAAUAUGUACCUAAUA